UCCCUCGUCGUUGUUUGUCUGAGACAUCAACCUCAGUAACCUUAAAAUCUACGUCUUUCAGGCGACCGCGGCAUUAACGCUUGCACAUUCUGGCGGUCAACGAUUCGAACACGGAGAGACUUAGCGGGUACGAGGACACCCACGACGUAGUUCCUAUGUAGCUGUCAACUCCAAUUCUAUUGCUCCAGUGAGUGAGUGAGUGAGAGAGAGAGAGAUGGAGGAAAUUUCAAGUUCAGGUUACAAGGAUUAUGUAGCAGGCUUGCUCGCUGGCGUUGCCGCUGUAGCCACUGGCCACCCCUUUGACACCGUGAAGGUGAAGAUGCAAAAGCACAACACAGAAGCACAUAUGAUUCAGUACAGAAGUGCAUUGCAUUGCACUGCUAGGAUAUUGAAGACUGAAGGAAUCAAAGGACUUUAUAGAGGAGCAACAUCAUCUUUUGUUGGGAUGGCUGUUGAAGGUUCACUUUUUUUUGGCUUUUAUUCCCAGACCAAACUGUUCCUUCAGGGUGGUAUGCGAAGUGGUGAACCCCGGCCUCAAGUGAUAAUACCAUCUGCAGCUUUUAGUGGUGCCAUCAAUAGUUUUGUGUUAUGUCCAACAGAGCUGGUGAAGUGUAGGAUGCAGAUCCAAGGCACUGACUCUCUGGUUCUUAAGUCCACUAGAUACAGUAGUCCCCUUGAUUGUGCCAUUAGCACUGUAAAAACUGAAGGGGUGAAAGGAAUUUUUCGUGGAGGUUUUACAACAUUGCUUAGAGAAUCUAUAGGGAAUGCUGUGUUUUUCAGUGUAUACGAAUAUGUGCGUUAUCACAUGCAUUCACAUACCAAAACUGCUUCACCCAAUUACAGCAACCUGAUUGACAUAGGAAUUGGGAUUGUUACUGGUGGCCUUGGGGGUGUGGCUUUUUGGUUGACGGUUUUGCCCCUUGACGUGGCAAAGACUUUAAUUCAGACUAACCCUGAUAAAAGUUGUUCAAGAAAUCCAUUUCAGGUCUUGAGUUCAGUGUACAGGAGGGCUGGAUUGAAGGGGUGCUAUACAGGCCUGGCACCUACAAUAAGUCGAGCAUUUCCAGCUAAUGCAGCAACAAUUGUCACCUGGGAGCUAGCAAUGAAAAUGUUAGGCAUUAAGCAUGACUGAGAGUCUACGUAAUUUAUGUUGCGGAUUAUACAACAAAGCUCAAGUUUGCUUUCGUGAAGCCAAUGUUACAAACUAUAUCAGAGUUGGACGAAGAGAAGAAUGCUUUUAAUAGAUUGCAUUUUUAGGGAGGAGCUUCUAAUUUUUUCAAUUUUUGUUUUUGUUGUGUGUUUUAUGUACGAGGAUAGCAUUCAACAUUGCAUUUGAAGCUGCUUGUUGUUUAAGAUUAGAGAGCUUGGAACAAGGGGCCUUGAUUUUAGCUGCCUGUCAAAAAAAAAAAUUUCCCAUCAAAUCUUUUGGAUAGAACAUUUCUAUCACUGGAAUGAAACAGUAGUUUAGUGUAUAAGAUGACUGUAAGGACAUUCAAGUUAAUAUUUUGGAAAUGGAAGCAGCAUGUAUGACCAAGUCAAA